CAGUUGAGAUUUUUCUGGAAACUUAUCAGCUUCUGAUUUGUAGCGCAAAUGGUUAUGGCCAAACAGUAACGGGUAAUUGCCAUCAAAACCCUCUCUCUCUCUCUCUCUCUCUCUAUCCUCUUUCUCUCUCUAGAAUUUGCAAAAUGUUAUGCCGGAAAAACUUCGUAACGAAAAAACCCGGAUCGGUUCCUGUACAUCUAAACGUGUAUGAUCUAACCCCCAUCAAUGGCUACGCUUACUGGCUUGGACUCGGUGUUUACCAUUCCGGUAUUCAAGUUCAUGGAGUGGAGUAUGCAUUCGGGGCACACGAUUAUCCGACAACCGGGAUAUUCGAAGGGGAGCCGAAGCAGUGCGAAGGGUUCACAUUCCGAAAGUCGAUUCUGAUUGGUUGGACUGAUUUGAGCUGUGGAGAUGUAAGAAAAGUUAUGGAGGGUCUUGCUGACAAAUACAGGGGUGAUGCUUACAACCUCAUCACCAAGAACUGCAACCACUUCUGCCACGACGCCUCCGUUAAACUCACCGGAUUCCCGAUUCCCAGUUGGGUUAAUCGCCUCGCCAGAAUCGGUUUGUUGUGCCACUGCAUUAUUCCAGCGAAUUUAAAUUCGACAAAAGUUGGGCACCAUAAUAAAAUAGAAGACAAAGCAUGCGAACAAGUGGUGGAGAAGAAGAAAUUGAGAAGCCGUUCGAAUAGGUCCUCUAAUUCGUCUUCAAAUUCGUCGAAAUCUUCGUCUUGCUCGCCUCCAUUAGCAGCCACCAUCAGCAAUAGUCGAAGCAGAAGCUCUCUGCCCCAAUCUUCACAUUUGAUUCUUGAUUCUGCUGCAAAUUAGUGUUCUCAAAUGUUAAUUUACGGAUCCAAUAUUUAUUUCUCUCAUUGAUUAUUAUUAUUUUCUUUUUAAAUUUUUUUUUUCUCUCUCAUGUAAUCUUAUAAUGCUGAUAGUGUUUUUUUUAUGAGAAGCAGCCUUUGAGAGAUCUGUAUAAACUGCACAUUAGUGUGAAUUACAUGUUUCCUUUUUUUUCAAA